AUGCUCAGCCAAGACACUGAUCUUUCGAGAGAUCAGCCUGUAGCUAUCAAAGCUAUUCUAAGAAAAAUUAGUCAGAAGACUAAUGGUCCCAAAGGAUAUGAGUUCACAUUGGAUCUUGAGCUGGGAGAGGCCCGCUCAAGUCGUUUCUUCCUGGCUAAGAUUGACCCCAGAGCUCAAUCAGUCCCUCACCAGAUGACGUCUCAUAACGUCUUAGAGACGACACAAACGUGGAUGAAGAGGUGCAAAUGCGCAAGACACUGGGAAGUGCCUGGCGAGCGAUGGUAUCCUCGUCGCUUACUGGACCUGCGAGAGCUGCGCGCCAAUCUCAAGGAUACAAGAAACGCCAAAAUUCGCCUUGUGGAGUCGGCUGAAUGCCCGGGUCUGCAAACGAAGAACGAUGGACAUAAUCGUAUUAGGUCAGCGCACCUGGACGACCGCUAUGUCACGUUGAGCCACUGUUGGGGCAAGCCGAUAGUUGGUGUGACUCCACUGAAGCUGACGACCAAGACUGAGAGGCGCUUCAAAACAGAAGGCAUUAGACUCCAGGAGCUGCCCAAAACUUUCCGAGAUGCAGUUGUAUUCGCUUCAUACUUGGAUAAAGUCGGGUUCAUAUGGAUUGAUUCACUUUGUAUUCGACAGCCACUCUCGGAAGCACCAGAGCAGCAACAAGAUUGGCUUGAGCAAAGUCGAUACAUGGGAACUGUUUACCAAAAGGGUUUCCUGAACAUAUCCGCAACCGCAUCGUCUGAUGGCAAUGGAGGUCUAUUCUUUGAUGAACGCCCUGACCACCUCUGGGAGAACAACGUCAACGUCUACUAUCCCGACCCCAAUCCUUCCGACUCGAACAGAGAACAUUUCAGCGAACUCGACGCCUACACAAGAUGUACAGUGAUUGAAAUUGAGGCUUGGGAGAAUCUGGUGCAACUAGCCCCCGUCAACCGACGAGCUUGGGUUUUCCAGGAGCGCCUGCUGGCACCACGAGUUCUACACUUUGGCCACAACGAGGCUGCAUGGGAGUGUUGUGAGUUCCAAUGCAGCGAAAGUCAAUCUGACGAACAGCUGGCUGUCGCCAACACAUACCGUCUGAAACAUCUUACACCUAAAGUUGGUCGCACAUUGCGGGAUAUGCGGUUAAAUGGCAUUCCAGACCCAGACCUGCACCUACGAGACUUGUAUACAUAUGAAUUAUGGAAGAAGGUCGUGGAAGCCUACUCUCGCGCGCAACUCACCAUGUUCAAAGACAGGCUCAUUGCACUGGCUGGUGUCGCAAGGCUGUUCCAGGAAUCCUUGUUCAAGGUGGAUUCUAGACAGCAAUACGUCGCUGGGCUCUGGAGCGCGCAUCUCGAAAGCCAGUUGCUCUGGAGUGUGAAUGAUGUUUACAAAAGCAACGGUGUCUUCGACAAUCCAGCUCAACGUCACCCAGAAAGUGGACCCUCGUUCUCAUGGGCAUCAAUUGACAGUCCAUAUGGCAUCACUUACAACGAUGUCACGGAUUACAGGUCGUCAUCAGGUACCGCUGGAGAGCUGCUCUUCAGAGCAAUGGACUACAGCGUUGGACUAGCCGACCCAAAGAAUCCUUUUGGGAUGGUUACCGCAGGCCGACUACUCCUCGCACCCCAUCAUCUCCGCCGUAUAGAAUUGUAUAAACUGCCAGUGUCACGCAGAGUGCCAUUCGCCUGGCGCCUCAAGAUCGAGCCCCAGCCCAAGCGACCAAAAGAGUUUACAAACAUUAAUCUCGACGCUCCGGAGUCUGACAAAGAUAUGUUUCGUGCUGAUGCACAAAUGUAUUGUAUGCCUGCCGCUUAUGGGGAACGAACGGUGAUAAAGACAGACCGAUACCUCUAUUGCUUGUUGCUCAAACAUGAAGGCUCGGUUGCGCUCACGAUGGGUGGAAAAGCAGGUCGCUACCGGUCAUUUCGACGAGUUGGUAUUGCAAAAUUAAGUCAUAUGGACGAACGGGGACAGGAUGCGUUAAAGGAAGAAAGCACGGAAGAAAUUAUCUGCUUGUGCUAA